AUGGAGGGGGUAGAGUACUCCGCUAUUAAGUUAUCAAUCACACCCGCCUUUUCAGUUCCCUCUACCCAUGGGAAGCUGCAAAAGAUGAAGAUGUUCUUGGUUCCAAGAUUUGGUUUAUUGUUUCUUGUUGUUUCUUUGAGCUGUUCAGUUUUAGCUCUGCCUGAAAAUGGCCCUUCUAGAGAUGCUCUCAAGUAUAUCUUGGGGCAGGAGAAUUUAGGGCCGUUGAAAAAUGGAAUCUCCGAGGCUGUUGCACAAGCACCUGGGCCUUCUGAUGACGGGUCUAAUAACACGCUUGUAUUGGCGGCAAAGAGGACAAAUCGACCGGACAUUCUUCAUGGAUUAAAGCAUUAUCGACGAGGUUGGAAUAUCACUGACAGCCAUUACUGGGCUUCUGUUGGUUUCACAGGUGCUGCUGGUUUUAUUCUGGCUUUCCUCUGGUUUUUCUUGUUUGGCUUGGCCCUUGUAGCACAUCAUUGCUGCAAAUGGAGGAUUAACAUUAAAGGCAAAGGAUCAAACAGAUCUCAAAGGAUUUGUCUCAUAAUGCUUAUACUAUUCACUUGUGCUGCAGCGAUUGGAUGUAUCCUUCUCUCUGUUGGGCAGGAUGACUUUCACAGUGAAGCUAUGAAUACUCUGAAAUAUGUUGUAAACCAGUCAGACUACACUGUGCAAACCCUGAAAAACGUUACGGAGUAUCUAUCUCUUGCGAAGACCAUCAAUAUAGCCCAGCUUGUCCUUCCUACUAAUGUCAUGGAUGAUAUUGACAAGUUGAACAUGGAUCUCAAUGCUGCAGCUGAUACACUGACUGAGAAGACUAGAGAAAAUUCUGCAAAAAUAGUAAAAGUAUUCAAUGCUGUGCGGUCAGCAUUGAUCACAGUGGCUGCAGUGAUGCUUAUCCUGGCUCUGCUUGGUUUUUUGCUGUCUAUCCUUGGACACCAACAUGCAAUUCAUAUAUUUGUAGUGAGUGGGUGGUUGUUAGUGGCAGUUACCUUCAUUCUUUGUGGAGUCUUUAUCCUUCUCAACAAUGCAAUUUCCGACACCUGUUUGGCCAUGGAAGAGUGGGUGGAAAAUCCCCAUGCAGCAACUGCCCUUAGCAGCAUUCUUCCUUGUGUUGAUCAAAGAACAACAAAUAAAACACUUGUCCAGAGUAAAGAAGUCGUCAAUGAUAUUGUAAAUGUUGUCAAUACCUAUAUAUACACAUUUGCAAAUGCAAAUCCAUCCCAGACUGAGUAUAAUUAUUAUAACCAAUCUGGACCUUCCAUGCCUCCCCUGUGCUACCCAUUUGACUCUCGUUAUCAAGAUCGGCAAUGCGAGCCCCGAGAGGUGUCUAUGGCAAAUGCAUCUGUGGUUUGGCAAAGCUACACCUGCAUGGUUUCAGCAUCUGGGCAGUGCACAACUGUUGGUAGGGUGACCCCUGACAUCUAUAGACAAUUGGUGGCUGCGGUUAACGAGAGCUAUGCUCUUGAGUACUACACCCCGGUUUUGCUCAGCCUCCAGGAUUGCAAGUUUGUCAGGGACACAUUCCAAGAAAUUACCUCGAGUCAUUGCCCUUCAUUGGAGCAUUAUCUCAAGAUUGUAAAUGCAGGGCUGGGCUUGAUCUCAGUAGGAGUUUUGCUGUGUCUCGUUCUCUGGAUACUAUAUGCAAACCACCCCCAAAGGGAGGAAGUGUUUGCGAAGCUAUCCUUACCAAUAAAAUGCAGCGGUGGCUGUACGAGUGUUAAGAUAGGUUCCAAAAAUAAUGAGAAGAAUGAUUCAACAUUGUCGAAUACUAGUGUAGUGUAG